AUGGAGAUUGAAAAGAAAUCAACCGUGGACGAUAUCAUCAACGAGAAAGAUGUGCAAGUUGGCAUUAUAACGGACCUCGAUGAAGGAGAGGUCUUCCUCCGCCAACAUGGAUUCAACCAAGAGGCCAUCCAAAUACUCUUGGAUGAUGAGCCACGAAACAAUGCAUUGGUCCGCAAAGUAGAUCUAGUUCUUUUGCCUUUACUUUCCGGGACAUAUAUGCUUCAGUAUAUCGACAAAUCAGCUCUCGCUUACUCUGCCGUGUUCGACCUUCUCCCUUCGACGCACAUGUCAAGCGACCAAUACAGCUGGCUCGCCAGUAUCUUUUAUUUUGCAUAUCUCAUUGCUGAGUACCCAUGGAGUAUCCUCGCACAGAAAACUAAGCUUGCGAAAGUCGUUUCUGGGAAUAUUAUUGCUUGGGGAGCAAUGCUCAUGAUUACUGCCGCCUGCUCCUCCUUCACCGGAAUGGCUAUCUGCCGUUUUCUUCUCGGAGUGUUCGAAGCUCCCAUCACCCCUUGCUUUAUGAUGAUGAUCGGAAUGUGGUACACACGUGCUCAGCAACCUUUCCGUGCCGGUGUCUUCUACAGCUGCAACGGACUAGGGGCUAUGGUUGGUGGCAUUCUGACAUAUGGAAUUGGCCAAAUCGACACCAUUGCUGUAUGGAGAGCCAUCUAUCUCAUCUUAGGCGGUAUUACCCUUGUCUGGGGAGUUUUGAUGCUUCUUUGUCUUCCGGAUAACGUUAUCUCAUCGAAAAGCUUUUCUCUAGACGAAAAGGCUCUUCUCAUUGGCCGCGGUCGACUCGGUCACACCGGUAUCAUCAAUCACCAGGUCAAAUGGUAUCAGAUCCGCGAAGCGUUGAUAGAUCCACAAGUCUGGAUUUUGUUCUUGUUCACUCUUCUGAACGAGGUCGUAAAUGGUGGAAUCGCGGGCUUCGGCAAGUUGAUUAUCAAAGGAUUGACCAAUGACUCAGCCACUGCUGUUGCUUUGGGUAUUCCUUUUGGGGGAUUUCAAAUCUUCUAUGUGCUAGGGGGAACAUAUCUCGCAUCUAGAGUUAAAAACUUCCGGACUGUCGUCAUGCUCGUUUACUUGAUGCCAACUAUCAUCGGCGCCUGUCUCUUGUGGAAGUUAGACCAUAAGACGCACAAAAUCGGUGUGUUGUUUGGCUACUAUAUCAUCGGUGCCUACGUCUGCUCCCUAGUACUGGCUUUGCAGAUGCCGGCGACGAAUCUGGGUGGUUAUACCAAACGCACCACCAGUGUCGCAUUGGUGUUUUUGGCCUACUGUGCCGGUAAUAUCAUUGGACCUCACGCAUUUCUAGCAGAAGAAGCCCCCAUAUACCAGACUGGCGUGAAGCUCAUCUUGGCAUGCUCGUCUGCGCAAGCAGCUUUGGCUGUUUUGCUGCGUCUUCUCCUAUCUCGCAGAAAUAAGCAGCGAGAUGCCGGGGCUGCUGCUCUUGGUCAAGUUGCUUCACAGACUGACGAGAGCUGUGGGGAAGAUCUGACUGAUUUUGAGAACCCUAACUUUCGAUACGUGCUUUGA